AAUAGCAGCUCGUUCUCCGCGAGGCGUCGUACGCGAAGCCUCUCCGGUUAAACCGGGAUCUCACCGAGAAGAUCGUACCAUCGCGGGCGAGGACGGCUCGGAGGCGCGCGAUGUCCCGGAUCUACGGCUGCACCUGGUCUCGAGCUCGCCUGUUCCGUUUGUCCGGACUCUUCAUCGCUCACGAAUAGCGUCCAACAUCAAGAGGAGGAAAACAAAACAAAAGCAGGAUCGGCAAAAUGAGCGAGGAGGCGUCUCACGUGCCCAAAGAAGUGCUGGAGAGCGUCAGGGAUGCUGUGGGGAGGAAGAUCAAGCUGGCGGUUAAGAAGAGAGUUAAACUGGAGAUCAAAGGGGACAAGGUGGAGAACAGAAUCCUGGCACUGGCAUCACAUCGCGGAUACCUCCUUACUGCACGAAUCCCAGCCAAGGUGGAACAGACGUUCAGUUAUUUGGAGAUUCAGGGCAUCACGUGCAACAAACCCACACAGUUUGUGCUGGAGUAUGAGAGGGGGCAGAUCUCGCUCAAGUUAACGUCUGUUGAGGAGGUGAAUGAGUUGGUGGCUCACAUCGGCAGCUGCCUGCAGAGAAUCAUCCCCGGCCUGUCUCCUGUUAAGGUGAUAAAGAAGUUGUCGAUGGAGCCUCCAGAGAGGAUCAGUGCUCUCCAGAGUGUGUGGGACAGUCAAAGCUCAGCAGAGCCAGGACCCUGUGGGGGCUUUUCUCAGCAGUACAGGUGUGUGUGUGACUGGCUUGGAUUUCCGUACAGAGAAGAGGUUCAGUGGGAUGUGGACACGAUCUAUCUGACGCAGGACACACGAGAGUUGAAUCUACAGGACUUCAGCCACCUGGAGAACAGGGAUUUGGUAGCGAUAAUUGCAGUGCUGGAGUUCAACCAGUGGUUCACCAAGCUCUCCACAAAGGAUUAUAAACUGCCUGCAGAUGUGUGUGAUCAGAUUCUCCGAGUUGUAGCCCGCUCCAGUCGUCUGGAGGAGCUGGUCCUGGACAACGCAGGACUCAAAACGGACUUUGCACAGAAGCUGGCGAACGCCCUCGCCCACAACCCCAACUCAGGACUGCACUCUUUAAACCUUGCCAACAACCCUCUCGAGGACAGAGGAAUCGCCUCUUUGGGUGCUCAGUUUGCCAAACUCCGUAAAGGCCUCAAACACCUCAACUUCUCCAGAACCUCAUUGUCACCCAAAGGGGUGAACAGCCUUGCCCAGUCACUGAGUGCCAACCAGUCUAUCCCCAGCACCCUCAGCCACUUGGACCUCUCAGGGAACAUUCUGCGUGGGGAUGACCUGCCGAAUUUUUACAAUUUCCUCAGCCAGCCAAACAGCCUGAGCACCCUGGACCUGUCCAAUACCGACUGCUCGCUGGACUUGCUUUGCUCUGCACUUCUUAGAGGAUCUGUCCAGCAUCUCGCCGUCCUCAACGUGUCUAAGAGCGUCUUUGCCCACAGGAAAAGUAAAGAUAUUCCUCCUGCAUUCAAGCAUUUCUUCAGCAGCGCUAUGGUCCUCAACACCAUCAACGUGUCAGGAACCAAACUGCCGCCUGAAGCUUUGAAAGCCCUUCUGCUUGGUCUGGCCAGUAACCCCAGCCUCAAAGAGGUGGCGCUGGACCUCAGCUGCUGUGAGCUACGGUCUGGAGGCUCGCAGAUUCUGGAGGGCUGCAUCGCAGAGAUCCCCAACAUUUCCAGCCUAGACAUCUCUGACAACGGUCUGGACUCGGACAUGAGCACUCUGCUGGUGUGGCUGGCCAAGAACCGCUCCAUCCGUCACCUUUCCCUGGGGAAGAACUUCAACAACAUCAAAUCAAAAAACUUGGCUCCUGUCCUGGAUAACCUGGUCCACAUGAUCCAGGAGGAAGAAUCGCCGCUGACGUCUCUCUCUUUGGCGGAUUCCAAGCUGAAGGGUGAUCUGACCAUCGUCCUGAACGCUCUAGGCAGUAACAGCUCUCUGACCCGAGUGGACAUCAGUGGUAACGGUAUGGGAGAUAUGGGGGCCAAGAUGCUGGCCAAAGCCCUGCAGAUCAACAGCAAGCUGAGGACGGUCAUCUGGGACAGAAACAAUGUUAGCCCACAAGGUCUUCAGGACGUAGCAGCAGCACUGGAGAAGAACUUCACCAUCCGCUUCAUGCCCAUCCCCAUAAUAGAUGCAUCGCAGGCGCUGAAAGCCAGUCCAGAGAAAACUGAGGACGCCUUGCUGAGGAUGGAGAACUACCUGUUUAGGAACCACGAAACCCGCAAGUAUGUGCAGGAGCAGGCGUACCGGCUUCAGCAGGGCAUCGUCACCACCACCACACAGCAGAUGAUCGACCGAAUAUGUGUGAAAGUCCAGGACCACCUCAACUCUCUGAAGAACUCUGAGAAAGACGCCAUCCUGGAAGAUGUCAAAAAAGCUGAGAACCUCAUAAAGGACGCGAGAAACUCCAAAACGCUCUUGCCCAACCUGUACCACCUGGGAGCUGCAUCCCGUGAGGAGCUGAAUGGCUCAUCUGUUGGCCCCAUCCAGGAGAAGCUGGACUCCAUGGCUGGAGAAGUGGCUCAGGUCAUGGACGAGCAGCUCCAGACGCUGCUGGAGUCAAUGGUGGACGCAGCGGAGAAUCUCUGUCCUCACGUGAUGCGGAAGAGCAACCUGAGGCAGGACCUGAUCAAGGCCAGCAUGGGCAAAGUGGUUGUCCCACGCAGCUUCGUGAAGAACACACUGCUCGAGCAGUCCGGCGUCGACAUCAUCAACAAGAUCAGUGAAGUAAAGUUGAGUCUAGCCUCCUUCCUCUCCGAUCGAAUAGUCGAUGAGAUUUUGGAAGCACUUUCAAGCUCACAGAAUACACUGGCGGAGCACUUGGUGAGUAAAGGGCGCCCCCUGGUGCAGCAGGAGUCUCUGGAUUUGGACGUCCCGGAGGUGAGAGCUCCCAAACGGGGAACCAUGGAGCUGCUGGAGGGUGAGAGGCUGGACGACCUGGAGACCUGCAUGGUGAGCCCAAAGUCCAAAAGGAAGAGCAUUCACAGCCGGAUGCUGAGGCCUGUUUCCAGAGCUUUUGAGAUGGAGUUUGACCUGGAUAGGGCUCUAGAGGAUGUACCCAUCCACGUGGAGGACCCUACACCUCCUCCUAAACUGGAGAAGAAGGCAUCAGGAGGCAUGGGUGAGCUACCGUCUGAAGAGGCCAAGAAACUUCAGCAUUACACCAAACUGCGGCCCAAGAGGAACAAGAAGACCCACUCCAGCAGAGUCCCUAUCAGCAGUGUGCCCUCUCAAGACGGAGAGCAGAAUGGCCUCAUGGGAAGGGUGGAUGAGGGCGUGGAUGAGUUCUUCUCCAAGAAAGUCACCAAAAUUGAUGACAAACGGCCGUCCCUGAAGAGCUCCGACUCUCAGGAUGGCGAGAAGAAGCGCGACUCCCGCAAGGGCGGCUUCCUCAACCUCAUAAAGUCUCGCUCCAACAAGUCUGACAAAGAUAAAGAGAAGGAGAGAGAGAGGGAGAAGGAGAGGGAGAAAGAAAGGGAGAAGGAGAAGGAGAGGGAGAAGGAGAAGGAGAGGGAGAAGGAGAAGGAGAGGGAGAAGGAGAAAGAGAGAGAAAGAGAGGGAAAAAGAGAAGAGGAGAAAGAGAAGCUCCAGACUUCCACCCUGUCCCCCUCCCCUGUCCCAGCCCAGGCCACCCCACAGGCCUCAGAGGAUCCGUCAUCCCCCAAGGCGUCUGUGCGCAGUCCUGCGGCUGAAGCUAAAGCCAAGUCCCAGUCUAUGCCCACAGAGCGCAGUAGCAGCUCUGACCGCUCAGAAGAGCUGAAGACCCCGGACUCGGUGGACUCAGAGCCCUCGGAAGGAAGCCCUCAGGGUAGCCGCCGCUACGGUGUCCAGGUGAUGGGAUGUGGCCUGCUGGCCGAGAUGAAGGCCAAACAGGAGAAGAGAGCCACAUUCGGGACGCAUAAGAUAUCAGACUCUUCAUCUAGUCCAGAUAAGCCAGACUUACCUCCAUCAGGGCUGACCAAGCCUGAGGUCAGCAGCAGUGUGAGUUCCCCAGAAAGAGUGUUGCGUGCCGGCAGUGAAGGCAAACCGGAGACAGCGCCCAAACCUAGAGGUUCUGGCCCAACGCCUACAAGCCCCAAACCCCCUCCGCAGGGCACCAAGCCCACCCUGGCUGCUCGUCCUGCCAUCCCACAGAAGCCCCGUACCAGCAGUAGCCGCAGUAUAGAGGAGAGCUCAGAUUCCCCUGUUGGAGGUCCCAAGACUCCAGGCCUGGUAUCAACACUGAGGAAAGCUCCCACAGACAAGGAGGGAACACCCAGUCCUCUACAGAGCAGCUCAGCCACCAAGAACUCCGCUCAGGAAGCGGACGCGGCAGGAGACUCAUGCGUUUUUAAAGCCGACCCUGAGCUGGAUAGACCAGCAGCACCCUCCAAAGUGCAAGGCUCUCCACAGCGCUCCGAGGAGGAGGAGGGCGAGCAAGAGCCCAAGACCUCUCUCGCACGGCCUGCGAGGACGUCCUCUUCAUCGGACGGCCCUCAGCGCUCGAGCGCGAACCAGCAGAACUCGGACGAGAACGGCUCGAGGGCCAAGGACAAAGCAGCCAAUGGCGAGAAAGAUAAGGACUCGAGCCAGGGCAGCAAGUCGGCUGACUCUGGGGAAGAGACGGAUAAAGAUUUUAUUUUUAUAUAAUUGCGGGAAGAGAAAGGGAGAGAGAGAGAGAGAGAGAGAGAGAGAGAGAGAGAGAGAGAGAGAGUGAGAGAGAGAGACCGGAUCACUUUGUGUUCAUUUCAACCUGUUUCAGGAAUCUUCCCCAAGACUGUUAGACGUAAUGCUGCAUUUCCAACAACACAGAAUACACAUAUAGUGUGUGUGUGUGUGUGUGUGUGUGUGUGUGUGUGUGUUUGUGCGAUUGCACGUAUGUGUGUCGUUACUACAUGCAUGUUUCCUGUGGUGUGUGUCUGAUUCUGUCUCUCUGACACAGAAUGCAUGUGUAUGCGCUGUAUGAAGUGUCUUGCUUUAUGAAAUUUUAAUAUCCUCAUUUGUAUAACUAGGGCUAAAGCACUGUUAAAAAAAUGUCCAAAUAAGGUGGGUGUUUUCUCACCGUAGCAAAACCACACUCACUCUCUGAAAGCAGGGGAUGCACUGACACUAGAGGAAGUGGGUAACACUUCACUGUAGGUCAGUGUUCAUGAGGCUUUAUUAAACCUGCAUAAGCCCUUCAUGACAAAGAACAAAGACCUACGUAAACAUUUUUAAACACUUAUCACACAGUUUUUAAUAAAAGUUGCAUUUUUCAGUUGCAAGUUGAUAUAACAUCUGUGUUAGGUGACAUAGGAUCUUAUGAAAGUUGUGUACCGUCAAAUUGAGCACAUGCAAAUGCGACAGAUCAGUUUUGUGAUUUAGCAAUUUUAUCUUUGCCAUAUCUGUACGAUCAAACUCACUUCUGGUAGGAGUGUGUAAAAAUAUUUGAGCACAAUAGUUUAACAAAAUCACAUCGUUCUACCAUCCAAAAAAACUAAGAUGUUUUGUUUAUUUCAUAUUUUAUUCUUUCCAGUUAUGAUCAUUUUAGCAUUCUCACGUUUGGUCAGUAGGGGGAGCAGUGCAUUUACUGCUCGACCUCAAACUCCACCUACAAGCAUGGUCAUUGGCACCCAAGCUGCUGAAUGCUGUCAUUUUAUUGGCGCCCUACCAAAACAUCUGCAUGAAAUGGAGUUUCUUUAUGACAGGGAUAUGUAAAUGAGGUGAAAUCUGUGCUAUUUUUGCACAACUUUGUUGAAUAAGGGCUCCUGUUUUUCUGGACAUUUCUUGCUUCAUGACACUUUCUGGGGUGAAAUGACUGACUUUGUAGCUUUGUGCUUGUCACAGUGAUAUAAUGCUGAUGUUCCGACACGGCUUGCCAUGUCUGGCUGGUUGAAGAGAUGUGAGUGUUUUCUGUGGCUCCUAGAUAAAGUGAGUCUUAUUAUACUAUUUAUAAGAUUUAAGCUAGGAAACAUCAUUAGUUUUAUGUCCCUGUAAUAAACACCAAACUCAGUUGUUAUAACAUGCUAUGUCAUGUAACCCAAAAAAGUAUCAUGACAACCCAGUGUCAGAAGAAACUGAUGCCGCCUGACAUUAUGAAGUCAACUUCACAUCAAAUUUGACAAAAGCAUUUUUAUGACAGACGACGCCUUUUGAAAUAAGCCUUUGUUAAUGUUUGUAGGUUCAGUUCAGUUGCCAUGACAAGCUUCUGUAGGUGUCAGGUAGCCUGAUGAACACUGCCCUGCAGUAAAGUGUAACCAGGACGUGUCACUGUCUGCCCUUGUGCCUUAGAGCUCCACUCUACUACUGUACUGUGACCACUCAAAGCAGGACACUGAUGGCGUCUUAGACACUGUAUGUGUGUACGUAUGUUGGUUGACUGUACAACCCCCAUGUAUGCAUUUAAACAAAAGAUACGGGGAAGGAUUUCUUUAGUGUGCACGUCAGAUUUGUCAAUGUCACAUUUUUAGAGACAGUUUAUAAUCAGUAAUGGAUGGACCACAUAUCUAAGAUCAGACUUCAAAUAGCUGUGAUUAGACAUCUCAUGUGUGAGAUCAGACUCAAAAGAAUACUCCUGCGUUCUUCAACCUCAUCUCUGUCUGCUGCAUGUGUGUCAAUUGUCAGUUAACAUGGAUAAUAAUUUUCAGCAUGCUUCCCUGUAAUUAGAAAAGAACUGAAAAGCUCCUGACUCACAAUAAAAGCCCGUUGGGCAGUUCUGUUUGAAAGGUCACUGUAUAACGCAAACAUGAAGCUACCAUUACAUUCUAACAGGUGAGGGAAUGUCUUGCCAAGGCUGUUCUUUUAUCUUUGUUGGAAAGUUUUAUCCAACUUUCCAACACUGUAGCAGUGCAGUGUUGAAAAAAAAAAAAAAAGUAGUUCCGGUUACUUUUGCUUUUUCCAAGGUUUUCAGGUGUCCAUAUGCGAUCACACAGGGGCGUGUGAAAACUCCACUCUCACCACUAUGCUGGUAACAUAUUACCAAAAAUUCUUCCCUCAGGAAAACUCGUGCAGUCUCUGAAAGAACAAAUGAUAAAGAUUUACCGCUUUGUUCACAAAUAUCUCGGGGGUUUUCAAGUAGCGCAGCCGCCUAAGCGUUAGUCCUAUCAUCCGGAGAUCAUGAGCUCGAUCUUUGGCGAUGCCAUAGCCACCCGUCCAAGAGAGCAUAAUGGGCCUCACUCUAUCUGGGUGGGUAGGAUGGUCCUCUCUCUCCCCCUAUCCCUCAGCAUGAUCUUAGCCAAGGCAGAUGUCUGUUACCUGAUGUAACAGAAAUGGCAGUUAGCAUUCUCCUUCAGGCGUGUUGAGCUGUCCAUUCACACUGCAUUAACGGCAGUUUAAGAAGAUGCAGUGACUGACUUUACAGGCUUCGAAGGAAGCAUGUGCUCACAUUCAAUCUCCCAGCUUGGUAGCAUUAUGUUAAAUGCCUAUGUAGAAGGUGGGAAUCAGCUACAUCUAAAUUGGAGUGAAAAAUUUGGUAGAAUUUUUAACCACAAAAAUAUGUGUUUCUCAUAAACAUUUACUGACAGAUUUCAGCACCUGCCAAUAUGAUUCUCAGAGGAUGCAUGUGGUCACCUCAACCUCGUAGCUUGGUAGCGUCAUUUUUAAGGGAAGACCUCUCUAGGUGGGAAUUGGGUACAACUGAAGCAGAGGAAAAAUGUUGGUUAAAAUCACAUAGAAAAAAAAUCUGAUAUUUUUAAAUGGAAGAAUUCAUAGAAGUACAAAAAUGUUUUUCAUAAACAUUUACUGACCAAAUUCAGCACCUGCCAGUUUGCUUACAUUGUAAGUUUUUCUGUUCUUGUCAAAUUACUGGCUGUGGUAAUCAGCUGUAUGAUACAGAUGCAGCAAACAGAGGUUGAGAAAUGUUGGCGUAUUCCUUUAAUGCAGGAGAGAUCAGACUUCAUCUGUUCAUGCCACUUGUACAAGUCCAAAUGUAUUUGAAUGCAGGAGAUGUGUACCUGUUAUUUCCCUGCCUGUCUAAAUCAUCAGGGUUUGUGUUCAUGAAGAACAGCAGUGAUCAGAGAGCAGAUUCCUCAGCACUGGACUUCUUUCUGAGCACAGUCCAGCCUCUUCUUGUCCAUUCUCUUUCUCUGUUUAGCGUAACUUAAGCAGCUGGCUUUUUCCUCUUCUGAUGCCCAACAUUGUUUUUUCCGUUUUUGCAGUAAAACUUUACGUCAGCUCCUAAACGGACAGUCCCUGUCCCACAUGCAUGUGAUGUCCACUUGUGUAUAUAAGUAAUGUGCUUUCAUACAUGUAUGUGUGUAUAUAUGCAUACGUUUAAUAUAUACAGGCUUCAAAUAUUAACACGUAAUAUAUAUGCACACAUACGUAUGUGUACACAGAUCGUAUACUGAUAAGGUACUAAGCACACUAAAAAAGGGAAAAAAGACAGACUGGGAGUUGUACAGCUACAUAAUUUAUUAAGAUGGAUAAAUGGUGGUUGGUGCUUUUUUUAAUCCAAUACAACUGGCUCUUCCUCUUUACUUAGGAUGUACAUUUUGUGGAUACGGUGCAAAAAGAAUUUCUAUUAAUUUUGUUAUUGCACACUGCUUGGCACAAUGAUUUAGUGUUAUUUUUAUUCUCGGAGGAGAAAGGCAUCUGUGUAAAAUGAGUGUGGUACUUCAGUGUUAAUAUAUAAUGAGAUUUUGUAUUAUUUUAAAAGCUGCAGGCGUGUUUGAUUUGCUCAUCGUGUUUUCAUCAUGCAGUAUUUUGAAUCUGGUUUUGGUGAUAAUCAAACUCUAACAUCUUUCACUCAUGUGUUCUGUAGACUGUGGACAUCUUUUUGGGUAUAUUUCUACCAAGCUGAUUAAAACUGAUUUUACACGUUUA